AUGGGAGAGGAGCGAGCAGAGCGAGGAGAAAGAGGAGAGCGGGGCGGAAGCGAGGAGAUUCAGGAGGGAGAGAAGAAUGGGACGGGAAUCUACCAGAAAAGGGGCAGAGAGGAGAGCAGGGAAGCAAGGGGGACAGGGGAGGAGGAACGAAGAAGGUUGGAGGAGGAGGGGGAGGAUGAUUGGCUCGACGGGGAAGACGCUGCUCUUUCCUUCUCUCCCAGCGCCGACAAGCUCAUACCACUAAUCGCAGGGGCAGCACUUUCUGUCCUUAUCUGCUACGUAACACCACUAGAAGGAUCCCUCGCCUUGCUGGCCGGCGGAUUUGCUGCCUACCAGUUUGUCUUUUUCCUCGCCCCGCUUCGCCCCCUUCGUCUUCUCUCCUCCCUACUGACCUUGCUACAGGAGAGAGGGGGAGUGAGUGAGAAGGGGAGGAGAAGAGAAGAGGAGGAAUGCGAGGAACAGGAGAAGCAGCAGGAGCAGCAGAAUCAGCAGCAGUCACAGAAGGAGCUGCAGCAGCAGCCGCCGUCUCUUUCGGACUCGUUUCCCUCAUCCGCAGCAUCCAGCCUCCAGCAGCAGCCAUCCCAUGCAGAUUCAUCUCCCUAUCUGACAUCUCCUCACCCUCUGCCGUUCCAACUCCCUCCCUCCUCCAUACCGCUUGAUUCUUCCACACCCUCCUCGUCCCACCCCCAACUUUCCACCAUCCAGUUUCUCCCCUUUACCUCCCCUAUCAAUUCCCAUCGCCCCCACCUUCCCCACCUUCCCCACCUUCCCCGCUCCUCCCAUCUCCCGCAGUCCUCCAAUCGUCCCCGCCUUACCCCCCGCCUCCCCCGUUUCCACUAUGCCUUAGCCGUCAGCAACACCUCCCACUCCGCCCUAUCUCUCUCCCACCGCCGCUCCCCAGCCCGCUCCCUCGUCUCCCUCAUCGCCCUCCUCGCAGUUCUUGCAAGCUUCCUCACACCACUCUUUGUCUCGACCUUUUCCUUUUCCUUCUCUCCUUCCUCCUCCUCCACUCUCCAAGGACCCUUGAUACCACCACCCUCCCAGCCCUCAUCUCUUUCCUCCCCCUUGCUCCCAGCCCACUGCCCCUCCUUUUUCCUUUCCAUGGAUAGAGCUGCAAUUGCCUUAGCUGCUCAGCAGCAGCAGGGGGCGGAAGGGGAUGAGAAAGAGGAGCAGAGGAAGGAGCAGCAGCAGCAGGAGGAGGAGCAGCAGGAGGGAGCAUGGGGUGCUGGUGCUGGAACAGCCGGCCAGCUGGCAAGUCUGUGGCUGGCCGUCAGUGUGGUCAUGACAGUGCAGUUCGCAGCUGCAGUGGCGGUUGGCAGUGAGGCGUUUGAGGAGGGUGCCCUAGAUAACACAUCAGCAGUGAGGCGUUUAAGGAGGAAUAGAGACAGCUUGAGAGGGAAUGGUGCUGAAGCUGAAGCAGCGGCAGUGGGAUGGGGGGCAGCUGCUGCAGUGGCGGCCAGCAGUGAGGCGUUCGAGGAGGGUAUUUUCAGUAACCCGCCUCUUUCUGAGACAACUGAAACCCCGUUUGACAGGGGUGCACUGGAAGAAGCAGCAGGGCGGGUGGGAGGGAUGGGGCGAGAGCAAAUGGAAGAGGAAUCUUCGGGGCAUUUUCCCGGUGAUGACUUGUGUGGGUUUGUGGAGGAGAGGAAGCUUCUUGCAUGGAACAGGCCGGGUUCCUCAACGUUACCAAUACGAAACCAUCACCACCGUCUCUCUCACCCCCUUAACCCCUCCUCUCAUCUCGCCUCCUCUCCUCUCUUCCACCCGUCUCCUCCCUCACCCCACCACUGCAGGCACGCCCUGUUCGCAUCACUCGGCACCAUCGCCACCAUAUCUCUCAUCCUCACACUCUCCGCUGCUCUCGCUCUCACCCUCCCCGACCUCCUCUUCUCCCUCAUCUCCUCCCUCCCCUCCCCUCCUUUUCUCUCAACUGCCUCGCAAUCUUCCUCCUCACAAUUCUCGUCCUCCUCCUCCACCUCGCCCUCGGUGGACGACCGCCGCCUCAUGCCUGCCUCUGCUUCUCUCACGCUAACCAGAGUGCUGGCGCUCGUUUGUCUUCUCUUGGGGCAUUGUUUGGCAUUUUCCUUGAGGGUGGACUGA